AUCGCGCGUGUCUCCAGUUCCUUUAAUCACAAAUCAAAACUGAGAGCAAAAACACCAAAGAGAAAAUUUUAGGGUUUCUCAUUAGGGUAUCAAACAAAAUCUUGAACAAGUGAAUUUACUCAGAAAAUCUGUUAUCCCAUCUGUACUGCCAUGAAAUUUGUGGAUAAUCUUCCAUUUGAAGUUGGUCAGCUGAUAGAAUCAAAAUCGUUUCUUGAAGGUUACCGUGGAGCAUGGUUUCGGUGUAAGAUUAAAGAUUACGGAAAGAGAUGCGGAGAACAUAAUGUUGCAUUGGAGUAUAUUGACUUUCCAGAUGAGAAAAGAACAUGGAUUCACUUGUAUCGUCAGUCUCCGGCUGAGAGAAAUUUGGUUUCCAAAAGAAGACAUUUGAUGUUGCGGCCUAGCUAUCCUCAGAUUUACCAUCGGAAUCAAAUGCCUGAUACGUGUGACAUCUCAGAAAUAAUAGCAAUUGUUAAUGGUACCUGGAACGUGGGAGAUAUGGUUGAUUGGCUCACGGAUGGUUGCUAUUGGUCUGCAUGGAUCACUAAUGUACAAGAUGAGGAAAAUGUACAGAUUCAGUUACCAGAACCUCCAGCGGGUGAAGGAGGAUCUUAUGUAGUUCCUAGUAAAGAAUUACGUCCAACCCUGGAUUGGACGCCUGAGCUCGGUUGGACUGUGCCUAUCUCCAAGAUAGGUGCGACUUCUCGUCCCUGUGUUCGUUUGAUACAGCGUAAGAGUCCAGGUAUUGCAAGAAAUGACGACUUAGGUACAGGUGAGAAAUCGUCAUUGAAGCUUAGUUCGGCUUCUGUUUCUUCACAUAGUUCAGCUGGCUCAUUGCGUUCAGAGUUUUCAAGGGGUUCUUCAGUAAGUAAGAUCAAGAAAAGCUCCAAUUCUCUGGAAACAGUAGUGAUGAAAAAGCAUUCUGGUGAUAUGCUGCACAAACGGAAGACUGAAACAUCAAGCAUAAAGAAUGAUGGUACAGAAGAAACCAUUUUUCCAGAUAGUAUUUCCUCCAAAUCAGUUUCAGCAAGAAAUAACGUGGCUUCAAGAGAGCAGUAUAAUUUUUGUGGGUCCUCGAAGAAGUUGAGGAAAAAUGAAACUGAGUUGAAUUCAAGGUUAAAUGGCUCAAAGGAGCUUUAGCCUACGGGCUUGAGCUUUCAAAUGCAAUGAAGCCUUCAUGGAAGUUCGUGGAAACUUGAACAUAAACUGCUUUAGGCCUGAAAGUUAUGGUGAGAACAUUGGGUUAACUCCAGUAUGUAUAUAAUUAGUAGAACGUGCACAUCAGAUGGAUGAUUUUUUUUGAAGUUUACAGGGGAGCGGACCUAGGUAGAAUUGCCGAAAUGCUCUUUCAUUUGUGAAGUCUUGGCAUUCCCUUUAUUAUUACAGGCAUUAGUUGAUUUGUAAUUCCAAUUUUGAAAUUAAACUCCACUUCUCCCAUUGUUUUGUUUGUUCAUGGAGGAAAUAGUAAAACAUCUAACAUGUUAUCCA